ACUGACAUGCUCCAGGGUCGACGUCGAACGACGACGCCGACGAAGAAUGGGACCGACGCAGCGUCGCGUGAAUUGUGGCGUUGAAUUCCCUUGAAUGAAAAUUCGGCGAGACACAGAAUCCGCGGGUGCCAUGCCAAGCCAGGGCAGCGUCGUCGCAAUGGCGGAGACUCUUGUCUCACUAAUUCGAAUUUCGUCUUACACCCGUUUGGUGUCUGCGAGGAGCAUAAGCUUGUGAAUUCCAGCGAGGAAUUAGGGUUUAGGAGUUGCAAGAGCGGAUUUGCAAGUAUGUCGACGGAGGAAGAAAUUGGCGUUGGAGAUGUGGAGAUUGAAGUCCAUAUGGAUCCAGGUAAUGCUGGAGGUGUAGCGGGUUACAGGUAUAAUAGAGACGAGAUGCUUGCGAUUUACUGGGGCAUGGGGGAUAGCUAUUACAUUGGGGUAGCAGAGGUGUGUGCUGUAUUGGAGCCUGUAAGCCAGGAGUUGUAUGAUAUGGACGUGGAUCAUUCAGCUCAGAAACCGAGGCACAAGACUAUAGACAGGCGGCAGCGAGGCAAGAAGGCGAGGGCGCCGAAUCCCGAGUCGGAGGUGCAUUUUCCUGAUGAAGAGAUUAUGCUGGAAUUGGGCUUGGAUCUUCCGAAUCAGUUCCUGCCUACGUUUUCAGAGCCCGAGGUCGAUGAGGACAGUGAAGACGAGAUCGAGAGUUUUCAGCCUCUGGCAUUUGCAGUUGAGGGUGAACCUGACUUUGAAUCCGGCGAACCGCAAGAUGGGUGGGAGUACCUGCGGCGGGUCAAAUGGGAGUUUGCACGCUGUCCCAAGGUCAAAGUUGCAACGAUCGAUCCCAAAAAGUUUGCUGAACAGACCCCUUACAUGCCAUCAAUACCUUCUGUGUCAGCUUGCUCUCCUCAUCUGCUCCCAACCAAAGAGUGGGAAACUGAAUUCCUAGCGGAUUUCUCAAAUCUUCGCAUGAAAUAUGCAGAAUCCGUAGUAGAGGAGAGGAAAUAUAGUGGAUCUUUGCCAUCUAUCCAUAACCAGGUCGGAUGGGAGACUUUCUGCUUUGGAAAGUCGGCCAGCCCGGUGGAGGAAGCUACAACAUCUGUGGAAGACAAUCUCGAGGCCUCACAAGGCGCGAUAGAGGAAAUUUCAGAAGACAAAAUUAAGAGCGUGGAUGAAGUUUUAGUUGAAGGGAUCAAAAUAGAGAUGAACAAGGAUGCAGACAAUAUCUUACUUCCUAAUCUGGAUUCCGAAACUGAAUUUCCAGCGUUGGGUAUCAAUGCAACGUCAUCAGAUGAGGAGCUGCAUUCCAGUCGUGUACCAGACUCAAACAUACAGAAGGAUGCAAUCCAGGAUUCGACGGUAAUAAUAGAACUCAUUAAAACCGGAUUGAAGGAUGCUGCUAAACGGAAAUCUAGUGAUCUAAAAGGUCCAAAUCCCCCUCUACUCAGUAUUUUGAUGAGACUGGACGAAGUUAAACGAGCAGCUCUCCUACGAUACCACAUUGCUUGGCUUGAGAGAGUGGAGUGUGUAACCAAAGGGCGGGCACAAUGGCUCUUUGCUCUCUCUGCUGUGGUUGAUAAGCCUCUAGAUGCGCAGACAAUGGCAGCAUAUCGGGCUCUUUUGAGAAGGUGCGCUGCCUUGCGGUCAAGUAAAACAUCGGCUGAGGACGAAGAGUUACACAUGUUGAACAUUCUCAUCACGAUAGCUGGGCGCUACUUCGGUCAAGCGGAAGAUGCGCUAAGUUAAUUGCUCACUCCAGAUGCCGAAUCAACGCAGACAUGGUUGGUGUCUGGAUACUUGUAACUUCCAUCUAUGGAGCGACUCGCUUGCAAGAAAUCCUUAGGAAGCUAUUAAAUGAUUGUGAAUCCGGUUUGCUACGGAAUCAACUUUUGUUUCCAUAUCCUCCUUGGUCGGACAAGUUAGUUUGGUUAUCUCAGAGGCACUCGUCAUCCAGGUGUGAUCGCAUGUUUAUUUUUGCCUGCAGUUUUCAGCUUCAAUAACCAUGUCUCAUAGAACUGUCACUUCCUCUUUGGAAAAAGAAAAAGAAAACUGGGUUUGAAUGCCCGUAUAAGUAGGCUUAACACGUGAUGGAGGCACAUGGGUCCUCUUGAUGCAAGUGGCUACCUCUGGGUCUCUGAUCUUAAAACCCAAUUUUGAGUUCAUGUUAGGUUCUGUGGACGCCUUGUGACGGAACCAAAAUAUUUGAUGAAAGGUAAAAUUAGCUCAGGACGGCUGAUAGAAUGCGCAGGAUGUAGCCUAAACUAUACUACAUGUACACUUAAACAAUAGGAGAGAGAAUGUGAAGCGGAUUUAAGUUCAAAUUUUGACUGAGAACUGUUUUGUAUUUAAGUAAAUAAAGGUCGACUCUAGCAGAGUUAUAAUUGUAACAA